AUGUUUUUUCAAUUUAUUUCUUCCGUUCGAAUUUAUCCACUUUUAAUUAAUAUACAAUUUUAUAAUAAUCGAUCUUGUGAUAACCAAUUUUAUAAUAAUAUUAAAAGAUUUAAAAGAUGGUCAAGUCAACUUAGAAGACCUCAACCAGGGGACAGAGUUGCUAUGUCAGGAGGAGUAGAUUCUAGUGUUUCUGCUUAUCUUUUAAAAAGGCAG